CUUUAAUUCACCUCAUCAACAUCGUCAGAUGAUCCACAUAUCCAAUCAAACCUUGGAAUAAGCAACCCCCAUUUCCAUACCAGUUUUGCAGAUUCCGUGUCCCAAAACAUAAAAUUCGGGCGAAUCAUUCACGUGGGAAGAUUGACCAAUCCAACCACUCGGCACCGACGACACAAAAAUAUUCAAAAUCCAACUCCCAGGGAGUCAAUUCCGAGGGAGUUCCAAGGGAAUUACAAUGGCCUCCUGGAAUUCGACUUCGCUGGAAAUCGUAUAUCAAGUAUUUGGAUGGACAGCUUUCGUUUCCUGGUCAAUCAGUUUCUACCCUCAAGUCAUUUUGAAUUUCCGAAGAAAAAGUGUUGUGGGCUUGAACUUCGAUUUCGUGGUGCUCAACUUGACGAAGCAUUCGUCGUAUUUGAUAUACAACGCGGUUCUCUACUUUAGCUCUGCUGUCCAGAGGCAGUACCGUGAGAAAUAUGGAAUUGGACAGAUGAUACCUGUGGCUGCAAAUGAUGUUGCUUUCUCAAUUCAUGCUGUUAUCUUGACAGCAUUUACUUUGUUUCAAAUUGCAAUCUAUGAGCGUGGAACUCAGAAGGUUUCAAAGAUUUCCAUUGGAAUUGUUUGUGCUGCAUGGUUAUCAGCUGCAGUUUGUGUGAUCAUAGCUUUGCCAAACCAUUCUUGGCUUUGGCUGAUUUCAGUCUUUAACACAAUACAAGUUGUUAUGACGGUCAUCAAAUAUGUUCCGCAGGCAUUUAUGAACUUCCGGCGGAAGAGCACAGAUGGAUUUAGCAUUGGCAACAUUUUACUUGAUUUAUGUGGAGGAGUGGCUAAUUAUGCACAGAUGACAGUGCAGUCUAUAGACCAAGAUUCUUGGGUGAACUUCUAUGGAAAUAUAGGAAAGCUCUUGCUAUCUUUGGUAUCUGUCUUCUUUGACCUCAUCUUCAUCUGCCAACACUACCUGCUCUAUCCUGGGAAGAAAGCGGGUAAAUGUCCUAAACUUGGUGAGGAAAGCACGGAGCCACUUAUUAAGUCAUCUGAUCACCCAGAGUCUGAAAAUGUAUGAUCAAAUGUAUUCUAUCUUUAAGAAACUUAUAGUUUCAUACAAAGAUAUGUAAAUUUUAUAUAGGCUUAACAUCAGGUUGUGAUUCCCAACAGUUCCAUAGAAGAAUAGCACUGAAGAACAAAUCUCCUCUAUUAGAUUAUAAUACUGUGUGUCAUCCAUUACAUUAUAAAAGUAGACCCCUUGUUCCUUAA